UAAGCAAGUGAGUCCAUUGCCCUUCGCUUGUUAAAAAACACUAAGACAGCAAGGCCAUUUAAUUAACCUUUCUUCUUUUCUGCUUUCUUUUGUGAUUUUCUUCCUCUAACAUACUAAAACAUUUGGCCAGUUUUUUCUGUUCUGCAAAGCCUAAUGAAAGAAAACAAUAGUUUACAUUGCUUAGCAUCUCUUCUUUUUAAUAUUCACUUUAAAUGGUUCUAUUCAUCUUCUGAGGUGCUAAAGCUGAACUAUCUGGGAACUCCCCGGUAGAAGCUGUACUAUUCUGAAAAGUUAUAAGAUCAAUCGGUAUAAUAUGCAUGGAUUUUACAGUUUUGAUAGUUAUUUUUGGCAUUACGGUUUCAAUAGUUACUAGAUCUUAAUUAAUUUUUAUUAUUUUAGUAUUCUUCUGACUUUUAAGUGUGUGAGUAGAUCUAUUUUUAUUUUCAAAAAAAAAAAAAAACAACUAAGAUUUAAGAGAUUCACAAAGAAUUGAUACAUAACCAAAAUUACCCGCCUGAUCCCAAUAGCAAUAUUAGAAUUUUCAUUCUCCUUUUACCAUAGUUAAAUUCGCACUCAAUUCAUCGACUUCUUAAUUUAUGAUCACCCAAUCAAGGUGCUUUUCCACUAGCAAAGGAAUUCCCUACUAUUUCCAUUCAGUUCAGCUGCUUUUUCCAUUUUGAAAGCCAGGAUAGAAAAGAUAAAUAAUAAUUCCCCUGAUGAAAAAUGGUACCUUGAUGAUUAAUUUUUUAAUGUUUUGGACUUGCUGAAGAUGAUGUUAAGGAGACUGGAGAUGUCUCAUUUAUUGAUUACUCUUAAGAUUUUAUAGAGAUUUUAUUUUUCUACCAAAGACAUUUGUAAUUGGUUUAUUUCAUUUUUAACUUUGCAUCUUGUUUUGUAACUACUAUUUUUUUCUUCUUUUUUUUUUUUCACAUUUAUAACAUUUUACUAGCUAAUCUGGUCCACCCUCCUAAGUCAAUGUUUCCUUCGGUAUAUAUAAUUAUCUGCAUAUUGGAAACUCUCAUCUCAAGCAUUUUUUUCAGAGAGCAGGAGAAGCAAUCUGCAGCAGGCGAUUUACCCCGAAUUGACGUUAAGCAAGAUCAGAGAGUUGCACUAUUUCUUUACAAAAUCAUGGACAGAGAUGCUCUCUCAACUCGUAUUAGGGCUAUUGACAGAAAGCUAGAUGACUUGACUCCCAUUAAUGCUGAAGAGCAUUGCAUAUUUAAAGUGCACGAGCAGUUGCUUAAGGUAAAUGAGAAGGCUUACAAACCCGUGCUGCUUGCGAUCGGUCCUUACAACGACCAUAAAAAAGUUGGCCGUGGGCUUAUGGAAGAGCAUAAACUGCGGUAUCUGAAGCAAAUGCUUAAAAGGAAAAAUGAAAGCAGUGUGGAAGCAUACAUCAGUGCCUUGACAGAAUUGGAAGAAACCGCCCGUAAUUGCUAUGCAGAACGCAUUAGGCUGACCACACAUGAGUUUGUGGAAAUGAUGCUACUUGAUGGGUGUUUCAUCAUUGAGCUGUUCCGCAAGUGGGAGAAGCCAAAUAUAAGAGACGAUCCACAUGAUCCAAUCUUCCAACUGGAUUGGAUGCUUCCUAAAAUAGCUCGCGAUCUACUGUUAUUUGAAAAUCAACUUCCAUUCUUCGUUCUGACUAGAUUGUUCUUGAUGAUUGAGAGUAGCCAAACACCACUUCCCAACCAAUCCGAACAUUUAGGAGAACACCCUAUCAAGAAUGAGCAGAGCAAUGAAAUUACCUGUCCUGAAAGCUCAACCACCAUAGAUCAGAGGCCCAGAUCAGACUAUUUGGUGAUCUUGCCCUUCGUUUUUUCCAUGGCUUAUUACCAUUUCAAUGGAAAGACGUCAGUGGAUCAAGUUCUUAUUCAGCCGAAAAUAUUGAGCAUCUACUUGGUCUGCCGCAUACAACUAUCUCUCCUACACUGGCAAGACUGGAAAAUGAGCGUCAAAAUGUUGGAGACAAAUUCAAAAAGUUAGUUUAAACAUCUACUUGAUCUGAUAUAUACAAGUAUCAAGCUUUCAGUACUUGAUAUGGAAGUAGAUCGUGCCAUAGAACGUCAAGAUCAGGUUGGAGUACUCGAAAAGAGAUUUGGCCUGAUACCAUGUGUUGUGAGUUCUUUACUUGCAAAAAUAAAAAAUAUGAAGAAGGGAUGUAAGGAAAUGAAUGACUAUGAUGACUGGACUGAUAACCGCUGGGAGAGAAUACCUGAUGCCAUUGCAUUCCAAGAGGCUGGAGUUGAGUUGGACAAGGCAGAGAAAUUUUUGAAUCUACUUCAACAAAAUAGGAAUAAAGAUGUCAAGAAAAACCUUUGCGGAGCCAGAUUCAAGAUGGCAGAGAAAUUUAUGCGCCUACCUUUUCUGAACAAGACUGAAGACUGGAACUCAAUUCCUGACGGAACAGAGCUUAAAGAGGCUGGAGUCGAAUUCAAAAAGGCAAAGAAAUUUACGGAUACAAAAAAAAUGAUGAGGUCAAUACAUAAUGCUACGAAGCUUAAAGAGGGUGGAGUCAAGUUCCAGAAGGCAAAGCAGGAUACAUUGUUUUCCAUAAAUUUUAGCAAUGGGGUAUUGGAAAUUUCGCCUUUGAGAAUAGAAGAUGAAACUGAGACUUUCUUACGAAAUCUAAUUGCAUAUGAGCAAUAUAGUCCAGACAUUGAUACCGAUUAUCAUUAUGUUACCCUCUAUGCGUGCUUCAUGGAUGAUCUCAUUAACUCUCCCAAGGAUGUUGAUUUACUUCGUCAUAAUGAAAUUAUCGAAAAUUGGUUGGGUGAUGAUGGAGUUGCUUCCCGCAUGUUCAACAAGCUUGGUCGCCAUGUCACUGUUUCAGACUAUCCCCCCAGUACUUUAUAUGCUCAAACUUGCAUUAAUAUGAACAAGCACUGCGCCGAAGACUGGAAUGAAUGGAUGGCAACAUUAAGGCACAAUCAUUUCAAUAGUCCUUGGGCUUUGCUUUCAGUUUUGGCAGCUAUCUUAUUGCUUGGACUUACAAUUAUACAGACUGUAUUUUCCAUUAUUAAUUAGGUUUUCAUGUAGUGUACGUCUUAAUUAAUCUCAUUGUUGUCUUAGUUAAUGUAAUAUAAUGUUGAAUUUAGUAAGAUUUUCGAAAUGAUCACCCAAUCAAGGUGCUUUUCCACUAGCAAAGGAAUUGCCUACUAUUUCCAUUCAGUUCAGCUGUUUUUUCAUUUUGAAAGCCAGAAUAGAAAGAUAAAAAAUAAUUUCCCUCGAUGAAAAAUGGAACCUUUUAAGCCACAGUACUAAAAACAUCACUCGCCUAUAAAUUGUACUGCCUAAGCAAAAUAAAUGGAAAGGAAGAAAUAACGAGAUAGAUGGAUGGAUGAUUUGUAGCUUAAGCACCUUGAUUAUAUUAUAUUAGUGGAAAGGUUUGUCUUACAGACGUACAUGUCAUUUUUUUAAUGUAGACUUCAAUAAAUUAGUGAAAUUUGUAUGCAAAUACUUGGAACAGAUCUUGUACUAUUUCUUUAGAAUAUAUAUGAGGCCUACACUGUCCAUUCGUUUAAAAACAAAA